AUGUGGGCUUUCAAUUUGCACGCCGACUUGAAGAAAAAGGUGGUUCACUCCUAUAACCUGACGACGUACUGUGUUUCUGCGUUCUGUCUUAACUUCUCCGUCUACUUCUUUUGGUUGAUAGUCCCCAUUAUGAUGCGUAACUUAGGGGCUUCACCUUUAGAAAUUGGAUUAGUUGGAGCAGUUGGGUUUGGUGCACAAGGAUUUAUGGCUCCUGUAUGUGGGCGGCUAGCUGAUAAAUUACCGCCUGAGAGUAUGGCGCGCUUUGGAGCUUGUUUACAUUGUUUGACUUGUUUAAUAGUAGCUAUGGUCUAUAUAACAGAGACUAAGACUAUACCAAUCUACUUCAUAUGUUUGAUUCAAAGUCUUGGUCUAGCUAUGUUCUGGUCACCGUCAGAAGCAUUAGUAGGCAAUGAAAGUUAUGCGGGCGGCGAGAGUAAAAACAUUUCAAUGUUUUCUAUGUCUUUUGCUUGUGGCAAAGCUGUUGGAUUUUUACUUGCUGGAACUUUGAGUGCUCUUAUUGGACAGACUUACAGUUUAUAUGUUGCAUGCGCUGAAGCUUUUGUGACAUUCUUUGCGAUGACGCUCUUCCCACAAAACAAUCACUUGAAGGAGGAGACGGUGCCUGAAAUUAACAUUGAGUUGGAGGCUCUUCCACAAAUCGAGAAGAAGGAAAGGGAGUAUACAACUGAAAUCCCAAUGAAUGGUGAUCCUAAGACUCUACAAAGUAAUACUGAACAUCAAGAUGGUGUCAUUUUAAGUGAAUCACAAACACCACGAAUCUCUGAAGAUAACACACACAUUGAUUUGAGUGAAAUCAAACACACACAAGUCAUGUCGAAAAGACCCAUCCAUUACUUCUGGUAUUACAUCAACUCUAUUGUCUUCCACUGCUUUGUCACUGCCAUUGUUGGAGUUAUUUCCAAUCAAUAUAUUAAUUAUGCUAAACGAACUAAUGUGACUCUUCCAGGUAUUAUAGAAGACUCUGAUGUGCUUGUAGGUAUUUUACUAUUUGUGGUGAAUAUUGCUCAGUUAAGUGCGUUUGUUGUCUUAGGGAGAAUGACAAUUUGGCAAUACAAAUUGUAUUUGAAUAUGAUUUCCUUUGUAGUUCUUCUUGGGUGUGUAGCUGUUUUUUAUUUCAUGAAGAACGGGUAUGUGUUGGCUAUCGCUUCUUUUGUUAUUGGGUUUAUUUCUGGAUAUGAUUUCUUGUUGAACAUGUUUUACUCGUUGAAUGCAUCUGAGUCCGAGAAAGGGAAGUACAUGGGGAUAUCUGAGUGUUCUUCCUGUUUGUCGUACAGUUUAGCUCCACUUCUCGCUGGUUUAUUAUCAACUUAUAUAAGUCUUGGGUGGUGUAUAUACACCUGUUUUGUUUUUAUAAUACUUGGAUUAAUUGGGUGUGGUGCCACACAAGCUUAUGUCUAUUACCUUGAGAGAAAGGAUAGACUUCAAGUACAAAAGGAGUUAAUGAUUCCUGCCGACUCGAUGAAAUAA